GCGUGUCGCUCGCUGGCUUAUAAGCAAGUCAUUUUCAUAAUCCAGUCAAUAUAUCCCCUGCAGUGAACCUCCACCCACGGACUCAGCUAACAUGGACAGCACAUGCGUUAUACGCGAGGUCGCGAAGGGUGUCUGGACGUUCUCCUGCCCGUUCGCGCGUUUCGGUUUGUUUCCAGUCGGGGGAAGGUCGACUGCUGUUCGGCUGCAGAACGGUGACGUAUGGGUGCUCGCGUCGACCCCGCUCACUGAGGACACGAAAAUGACGCUGAGGGAACUCGGUCCUGUGAAGUGGAUCAUCGGUGCAGAUGCAGUGCACCACAUGUUCCUCGGGGAGUUCAAGAAAGAAUGGCCGGAUGCCAAGUUGAUUGCUGUGAAGGAAGCCGCAGACUUGAAGGCCAAGGAGGGACUGAAGGUCGACGGAACUUGGGGUUCUGAUCCUCCGGAUACCAAAUACGGAUUCGAGGAUGACAUCAAGCACUGCUAUUUCUCUGGUUUCAAGAACAAGGACGUCGCGUUCUUCCAUCCUGCGUCAAAGACCAUGAUGGAAGCCGAUCUGCUCUUCAACCUCCCUCCCACGGAGCAGUACUCUAAAACCGGGUCGUCCGGGAGGAUCCCACUUAUCGGCGGCCUACUUCACCCCUUCGCGUCGAUGCACAAGCGCUUCGCCUGGACUCUAGGAGUGGACAAGGAAGCCAUGAAACGCGACGUGAAGACGGUUGCCGGCUGGGACUUCGAGCGCAUCAUUCCAUGCCACGGCGAUGUGAUCGAGAAGGACGCCAAAGCGGCUUGGUGCGAGGCGUACAAAUGGUAUCUCGACUGAUCGUGGUCUAUUUUCGUUUGUGGUGUUGUUUCUUGAGUCAUUGCCUUUACGUCGCUCCCUUGUAGGAUAUUGUCAGGGACAUGCAUGCGGGUUUGUACUAUGUAUCGUACCACCUUAGGACUGUAUAUGUGAUUCUUGAAACUUGUAAGCGUCGUCCGG